CUCUGACGCGAUCGCGAACUCCGAUUCCCUUUUUGUUUAUUUUUCGCUUGCGUCCUUCGGACCGUUUUGUGUUUCCGAGGCAGCGAGACGAAGAAAAAAACGAGACGCGGAUGGAUCAAGCGACCGGAGAAGAUUGGUGCAGGCCGCCCGGAUAGCAUCGGCCAACAUCAAGACCCAGCAACAACAACAACCAAACACGACUACAAACCAAAGCCUCCAGUCAUAUCUUUCGUUUCGAAAACUAAAUAUAUAAGCACUAUUUUUUUAACCUUUUAACGAUACAACAAUCGUACAUAGUAUACGCUAUUCCCAAACAGUACAAAUUAAUUUAAGUCUGAGUGAUCGGUAUUUAUAAGAAGCCUUCGAACAAGCGAAAGAGAAUCUAUCAACGACCAGUAUUUAAACGUUCCAAAAUAAUAAUCGUUAAACGAGUGCACAAAAUAAUUUAUCGACCGUUAAAUUUAAACGAACCAAUUCCUCGAGCAUUUUCUAAAAGUCAGCCAAAGAUUUUAUAAACCCUUAGUCAUAAGACUCGUAAGUUAACUGCCCGUUGUUAAGGACUUUUUACAUUAUUUAUUUCGUAGUGGGCAAACGAAGUUAUUGUGAUUAGUGUAGUGUAAACCAGUGUGCCGUAUAAUCGUAUUUUAAGUGCUAAGAUAGCAGACUGACUUCACAAGUCGCGGUUUCAGAGUACAAAUAAUAAGUUCCAGUGCAGUUCCGAGUGUUCAGUACAAGUUAGACUUAGUAGAGGUUAUUUUUGUAUGCGUGGUGCGUGCGAGGGCGCGAUGAAGAAGCGCUCCAGGCGAGCGUCAUGAGCGAAGCGCUUCGCAGCGAGGCGGGCGACGCGCACCUGCCGCCCUUCUCCACCUUCGGCGACAUGGCCGACGAGCAGCGCAUCCUGGCCGCCGACACGCGUCUGCUCGACCCCGGCUGGGAGUACUACGAGCGGCACGGCGACACCGUCUCCGUCAUCGCCAGCCAGCCCCAGUACCGCCCCUGGGAGUCCAUGCCCAUCACCGUCAACUCCAAGGAUGCCAUCCUCAGAGCUGGCUUCUCCUCUCCGUUAGAUUACCAGUCGGUCACGCUGCAGCCCAUCGCCAACAAGCUGCCGUCCUUCCAGAGCCAGUUCCAAACGUUCCCCGAGACGACCGUCAUCCCGGAGACGGGCUUGCCGAGCGUCACGCCCGUGCCCGUCACCACCAGCCCCACGCCGAGCGCGAGUCCUAGUCAUAUAACGCAACUCACGCAGCUCACUACGCCGUCGUCUCCCGCGCAUCUGACGACCCUCGCGCAGGUGACGCCGCUGUCAACAACCCUGACUACUUUAUCGCCCGUCAACGCCACGACGUUCCACACGCUGACGGCGGUCAACGCCAGGAGCUACCCGAUCGUGCCUGCCCCGCUGCAAGCGAGGGAGCUCACGCCCGCCGGCCAGACCUACAUCGACGACCGGCACAUACAGCUGUAUCAACCAAACAUCGCAACUAUCAACGCAUUCCCAGCGCAAAACGGGAUCCUUCACCAAAAUGGAACAAUCUUACACCAAAAUGGAAGCUUAAUACAGAACAUCCAGAGUCCGACCGUCGUUCAUGUGCUGAAGAAUGAGCCUUUCGACGUUAAAUCUUUACAAGAUAAAUACACCCCGAAUGGGUUACAUCAUAGUAAUUUCCAAAAUCCAAUGCUAUUAGACAACGGUUAUGAAAAGAAGACGAACGGCUUCGGAAGUGGUUCGUCGCCAACGAGGUCAGACUUUAGAAAGAAAGAGAGACGGAAAAUGCGUGCGAAUAGUUCGGAGUCGGAUGGCUCUAAUAUGGACAUCGGGUCUGAGAGCAGCGGGCAGGUGGCAGCAGUGUCGUCCACCGCCGGCUUCAAGUCCCCGAUGCAUGGUGCCCCUCAGAUGACCACCGGGCCCAUGGAGCUAGAUGACAUUUCCAGCGAAAAACAGACGAAGAAGAAGCGGAAGCGCUGCGGCGAAUGCAUCGGCUGCCAGCGCAAAGACAACUGCGGCGACUGCGCGCCGUGCCGCAACGACAAGUCGCACCAAAUCUGCAAGCAGCGCCGGUGCGAGAAGCUGACUGAGAAGAAGGUCUUACAAGACAUCAAGAGCUACCGCGGCCGCAAGCCCCUCGGCGGAUCAGCGGGAGUGCCCGGCGGCCUGAGUCCCGGCGUUCCCGUGGUCCCGGGCCUGAGUCCCGUGGUGCCGGCCGCUGCUUCUCCCGGGCCCGCGCCCGCGCCCGCUGCCCCCAGCCCAGCCCCGGCCACCACGCCGCAUAUGAAGCAGGAACACCCCAGUCAGCCAAUGGCACCAAUGCCGUUCUACGCGGGAGAUCCCAACAGAUUCCCUACGACAUGGCAGGCGGAUCCAACACAAGUCUUAAUUAUUGUUCCAGGUUGGCAGAACCAGUUUGUCCAACAACUACCAACGCAGGCGGGUCAGACGACGCUAGACUAUCAGGGCAACCACACUGCGUACGCGACGUCGCCCCACUACCAGGCCAACACCACGUACACCGUCCAGAACGUCGCUACCACCUUCGACGUGACUAAUAACACGUACUACCAAACUGGGGUUCAGUCCAUACCAGCGCAGAGGCCGCCGUCCAACCGUGGCGCGUACACUCCCGUCCCGUCGCCGAGGGCUCCGCACUACACCACGGAGUACCAGCAACAGUACGCACAACAAGCUCCCACACCCAGUGGCAACGCAGGCAACGAUUCCCGACCGGCAUCUGCCGCUUCCUACCAAAACACCGUGCCCACAUCGGCUGCGCCCGUUUACACCGUCAGCCAACAAAACUAUGAACGCACAGAGUACACGUCUGAGCACACAGAGGAUUACAACUCUGAGAACGGCACGACUGACGCCAGCAACGAUGGGGAGAGACAGGAGCAAACAACACCCAAUGGACAGCAUUCGGGAAACGCCGAGCCUGGGUACCUGCAGGGGAGCAACGGUCCGCGAGCUUCACUAGAUUGUAGCGGGUAUUCAGGCGGCUAUAAUGGCGGACAGUAUAGGGAGAACGGCCAACAGCAGCAGCAGCAACAACAGCAGCAGCAGCAGAAUCAAAAUGACUGGCAGCAACGCCAGUGGCAGCAUAACCAAAGAUUACAAAACCAACAGAUGCAAAAUCAGCAACAACAGAUGCAAAAUCAGCAGCUUCAGAAUCAGCAACAACAACAGAUGCAGAAUCAGCAACAGCAACUUCAGAACCAACAACAGCAACAGUUGCAAAAUCAACAGCAACAAAUGCAAAAUCAACAACAGCAACAGUUGCAAAAUCAACAACAACAGCAGAUGCAAAAUCAACAGCAGCAAAUGCAAAAUCAAAUUCAAAAUCAUCAAAACCAACAGAUGCAAAAUCAGCAGAUGCAACAACAAAACCAGGAGAACGCUGAACAGCAAAUGUUCUCUCAAUCAGACAGGGUUAAUUUAAACUCGAGACUGAAAACGAUGAUAUUAAAUAAACAGAAUCAUACCCGAGACGGCACCAACACGCCGCCGGAUAAAGGCGACCCUGGAGAAGGGCCGCCUCGGGUGAUAGACGAUAGAAAAGGCGGGGUGGGCUCCGUCGGUGAUGAUAGGAACACUACCGGUCAUUUUUUAUCGUAUAGCCACCAUCUCCGAGAUAAUUACCGAAUAGGCGAGCAAACGUACGCGCUCGCUGGUAAUUAUGCACAAAACGCCCAAGCCUAUGGCGCGGGUGAAUUCGGAGGUGGUGGCCACCAAGUAUGGGAGGGGGGGACAGGGGUCCCGAGAGGUUAUGAUAAACACGCUACGUCGAAGAACGUAUCUAAAACUCCUCAAAAGUUACCGUCUUACGCAGACAUGAGGGGACAAUUCGGUGCCUACUCGAAUGAACAGUAUGGAGCCCAAAAAUAUGCAGAAAUUUACGGUAGUGAUAGUUUAAGUUUUAAUCAACAAGAUAAUAAAGAUUUUCAAUCGAAGAUGCUUAUUGGACCAGUAUCAGAGAUGAAUCAACAACUUCGUGCCCCGUCGAGGGACACCAACGCACAAAGAAGAGCUUAUGAUAGGGAAGCAUAUGAUGCAAAAUUUAGACAUCCAUCAGCGCCUUUAAUUCCAAAAUUGGAAAUCCCAGAUAAUACGUAUCAAUACCACAAAGAUGAAAGGUUAUUAAAAACUAAUCCCCAAGUUGCCAUGAAUCAGAAUCAGUAUUUAAAGCAGAACGAACAGGCGCAACAGAAUAGUAUUUACCGUGACUACCCAAACGGUAUGAUUGCGAGACCCCAACAAAAUACUGUGUUACCGCCAAUUUCCUCAAUAAAACAAGAAAAUUUUGGCCAAAAGCCGCCUAACUUUCAACACUUUCAACCUUAUCCUUUUGAAAGAAGGCAAGAGCCUGAAGUAUAUUCUCAAAUUCCUCGGUUACAAGAAAAUGUGGGUUUUCAAAGAUACAGUAGAAAUUGUAAUGAACCUAAGCCUAACAAUCAAAUGGACAACAGAAUGGAUUCUGUUAAAAAUAUGUCUACGGAACCUAAGCCACCGUAUUACAUUGAGCAGAUCAAAUCCGAACAUUCUCCUCCAGGAACUAAAAUUUACAAAAACAAUUAUCCGCCACCUAGAAACGAACCCUAUAUUUAUCCUGGAGACGGUGGUCCAGUCACGAUAAAAGACGAAGUGGGAUACUCCUGCUGUCGUCAAGGUUCCACUAAAAAACCACCACCUGAGCACUUAAGGGACGGUGCGUGUCCAGGCCUUCAAACCAAAGAUGAGAUAUUAGAAGAAGACCCAGACAGCACUGACAAGAAUGAUCCUAAGAGCCAAUCAAAACCUGGCACGCCUGGGCCCGAUCCUAUGGGUAAAGUUCCUAAAGAAAAUCAGUUUAAUUAUUCCAAAGAAUAUCUAGAGAAUCUUGAAAGGUUAAGGAAUAACUCCAGAACCGAAGUGCCUGACUGCAAUUGUUUUCCAGCUGAUAAGAAUCCUCCUGAGCCUGGGAGCUAUUACACUCAUUUAGGAGCUGCGUCAUCUCUAGCGGAACUUCGCAAAGAUCUAGAAGCCCGAACCGGCUUGUCGGGGAAAGAACUGAGAAUGGAGAAGAUCUGCUACACGGGGAAAGAAGGGAAAUCUGCUCAAGGCUGUCCGAUAGCCAAAUGGGUGAUCCGCCGUUCCAGCUACACGGAGAAAGUGCUCGUGGUUGUAAAAUGCCGCGCGGGCCACAAGUGCGCGACCGCCUGGAUCGUGGUGUGUCUGGUCGCGUGGGAGGGCAUCCCGCAGUCCGAGGCUGAUCUGGACUAUACUCUGCUGUCGCAUAAGCUGCACCGCUACGGGCUACCCACUACCCGUCGCUGUGCUACUAAUGAGAACAGGACUUGUGCUUGCCAGGGACUAGAUCCAGAAACGUGCGGUGCAUCCUACAGCUUCGGCUGCUCGUGGUCAAUGUACUACAACGGCUGCAAGUACGCCCGCUCCAAGACCGUGCGAAAGUUCCGUCUCUCAGUCAAGACCGAAGAGAGCGAGAUCGAAGAACGAAUGCACGUUCUAGCCACUUUACUCAGCCCACUCUAUAUGAACCUAGCUCCGAAAUCCUUUGAGAACCAAUGCCAAUUUGAAAAGGAAGCCUCGGACUGCCGACUCGGGUUCAAGCCGGGAAGACCUUUCUCUGGCGUGACAGCAUGCAUCGACUUCUGCGCGCACGCACACCGCGACUUACACAAUAUGAACAACGGUUGCACAGCUGUAGUGACUCUAGCACGACACCGCGCGCUCGCUCGUCCGGCUGACGAGCAACUCCACGUUUUGCCGCUAUACGUGCUCGAUGCGACGGACGAAUUCGGCUCGAAGGAUGCGCAAGAUGAAAAGCUACGCAGCGGCGCGCUGGAGAUCCUCGAUAAAUUUCCCAUGGAAGUUCGAGUACGGUCAGUGCCACUGCAGCCGUGCAGACGUCACGGCAAGAAGCGGAAGGAGGAAGAGACGUCCGACUCGGCCAACGCCUCCAACAACUCGCAGCAGAGUCCCGGCGGGCAGAAGAAGUCUCAGUGCUCCACGCCGGCUCCUCGCACCCCACAGCCGGAUAACAGGAAUAAUGCUAGCCCGCGAAGCCAGAGCAGCGCCUCCCCCCGAGCCCAUACCCCCGCUUUAAACCAGCCCAAUACACCAACCUUUACCAACAACCCCCACUACAACUCGGCGUUCGUCAACCCCAAUAUGCACAACCAAAAUCCCGGCCUCAUCAACACCAAUCUUAGCAACCCGGCUCUAUUAGACAUGGCCACCAUGAUCGACAACUUCACCGACGCCCAACUGCAAAGCAAUCAAAUCUCCAGCACUGUGCUCGACUCGCCCUAUAAUCCUUACGAUCAGAGUUACAACCUCCACCACCAAAACGCACUGUAUAACCCGAACGGUGUACCAUCGUUAGUGGAGGGAAACGCUUGCCAAAAUCCCAACCCGAAUCAACUUCCAAGUUUUGCUUCUGGCUUACAAAAGAGAGACCACUUCAAUGCUCAAAACCCAAAUCAACAGAUGAAUGCGCUUCCCCAAAACCAAUGGCCGGACUUCGCUAACGCCGAAAUGUUCAACAACGUGGUGAAGGAGGACCCGGACUCGACCACGGCCCAUUUGAACGUUCCACCUAACUACAGUCCCGAUUCCAAUCGAAGUGAAACUAAUUCAGAUCCAAUGUCCCAGAAAAAUCCUACAGAACCGGAUAAACAGAACAUGAUCGCCAGAGACAUGGUUCCUAAAUUGUCCGAAUUUGAAUUGCCCAGCUCACCGCGACUCACAGAGAUAUCUCAACAUCCUCAAAGCAAACCCGAGUCGCCGGCUCCUUCACAAAUACCAAAAUCUCCCAAUAAUGACGCACUUAAUCCGACAGAAGUGCGAAAGAGCGUGUGGAAAUCUCCGGAAUCAAAGAAUUGGGACCCUACGAAACCAAAGGAACAAUUGGUAUCAGAGAAUGAGAAUAGUUUGUUUAGGGUCCCAAAAGCGAGGCCGCCCUCACGCUCCCAGCACAGCAACCCACCAGAGGGAAUGGAGAACUCCACCUUUUUGAAGCCGUAUCCUCCUUCUGAGAGACCGCAUUUGAGUCAGGGAUACGAGCACAGAAGUCCUUACGACAAUAGGCUAACAAAUAACCCAACACCUCAAACAACAUCUGCUCCUCCAACAAAUUUCACGAUAAAUCACGAGGAACAAAAUAUAGCCUUAGCCAACAAAACAACCACCGAGUUCACUGGAAAUAAUUUUCAUGCCGUCAAUCAGAAUUCCUAUGGAAAUCAAACUUCUAUUCAAGGGUUCGGCAACUACCCACAAAUGCCAAACGCAUAUUCAUAUCCGCCUAAUCCGUAUGGACAUUUUAAUCCUUAUGAAAAUAGUUAUAACGAUUAUAAUAGUUUAGCCUACUACAACGCCGAGAAAUAUAAACGGGAGGAGCUUCUGAGAAACCCGCAUUGCUACAACUCCUACGGGUAUCAAUACAACCCUAACUUCGCAUCAAACUUUUAUCAAAAUCCGAGUCCAAACUGGUGCCAAUCUUCGCCGAACUGGUGCCUGUAUCCACCCCCAUUUUCUAUUCCUUACCCACCUGAACCACCAAAAGCAGAACCCAUUGGGGAGGUGACUGACUUUACGGAUAAUCUCGAAUGUUUUAAAGACAGCCAGAUGGGUGGAGUGGCCAUCGCUUUAGGCCACGGGAGUGUGCUGUUCGAGUGCGCGAAACACGAGAUGCACUCGACGACUGCGGUCAAAACUCCAAACAGAGUGAACCCUACGCGAAUUUCCCUGGUAUUCUACCAGCACAGAAACCUGAAUCGUCCAAAGCAUGGGCUGGAGGAGUGGGAGGAGAAGAUGCGACUUAAGAAAUUAGGGUUGAAUCCUUCAACGCCGAGCACUCCGGGGCCGAACUCGAACUCAGUGUCCCCGGCGUCUACUCCCGGGUUAGAGCAGAGGCAGGGGGAGAAAUGGAAAAAUAACGAGGACGCGAUUCCCGGCGGGUACACUUCUCUAGCGGCACUGGUGGAAGCGACGAACGCUGCGCGAAGGAGCGGCCAGCUUAUGCUGCGAACGGACACGCAAACUACCAUGUCUUGGACGACGCUGUUCCCCAUGCACGGUUGCACUGUCACGGGCCCCUACCAGGAGGCCGCCACCUGACGUCGCGCCCGCCGCGCCACCCCCGCGGCCCCCUAAUCAAUAAGCUCCUUUAACUCUCAGUAGUCGCAGUCGAUGCGAGCUUCCCGAACGUUCCGUAGUUCCUGGAUCUUAACUUUAGGCGCUGAGGAUGCGUACUUUGUGCGUCCCAAAUUCCUGUUUAACGUUGGAAUUGACUACCGUUCUAUCGAAGUAUUUUGUAACCGAGUGAGUUUUCAAUCAAAGAUAAGUUUAAGUUUAAUAGUGUUUAUCGCAUUUCAGCUAGUCUUACGUUAUCGCUUAGUGUCGAUCGUGUAUCGUUCGAGUGACCGUAAUCGUGUAGAGUUCUUUGUAUAUUCUUGUCGUAAUUUUAGUUUGCGCCGGGGUCGAAUCGGCCGUUUCUGGAAUUAGUUUAAUUAUUUUUACGUUCUGUGCUGUAUAAAAUAGUGACGUUUAGCAUUUUGUCUGCAUAUUUUGUCGAUGUUUUCUAAUUAAGCGCAUAAUCCGCUUUAUGCGACGCAAUGAUCUCAAUAACUACUAACCUACGAGUAUGUAUGUAUGUGCUCAGAACAAAAGUACAAAACAUCACGAGGAGGUUGUGCGUACUCGACGACGUGUUUAUUGAUAUUUUUGUACCUUUGUCUGUGUAUUAGUUGAUUUAUUUUAUGUGUAUUUUGUAAUGAUUACCAUUCCUCUGCCUUUGUUUACAUUGAUUGUUUUGGCAUUUCAUUAGUUACUCGAAACAUGGCGUUGUCGCCGCAGUGUAUUUUAUUCAACAAAGACAUGAGUGCUUUUCUAUUAGGUUAAGAUGUGUGUAUUUUUAACUUUUUAGAAUAUUUAACUUAUUUAUAUUAUUGUAUUACGUGAAUCAUUAUCAAAUCAUUUCUUUGUAAUAAUUUAGUAUUAUGGUAGACGUUAAUAUUUAAUAUAUUUGCUUUAUGAGUCGACAUUAAAUUAUUGCAGUUGUUUUGUGCAUGUUCAAGGAGCCUUCUUUACUCUCGAGUGCCUGUACUUUGGCUAGCCGAUGAUAUUAUGUGGAGCGAAUCUUCUCACUCAUGUGACCUUAUUGUUUGUUCGUGUAAUUGAUCACUUUCUUGUUUAGCGACGAUAAAUUUUAUAAAUUAGAAAACAUACAAUAAAAGAUGAAUAAUAAACAUACAUUUAUAAGAAUAGGAUACGUUCAAGGAAAAAAAUCAGGCGCUUGGAAAGAUAUAAAGUAGGCAUAUUAUUGAAAAUGAAUGAAAACAUACUGAUAAAUAGUUAUUAAUAUAUAAUUAGAGUAAGAAAAAGUUUGUUUUAAAGAUUAAACUAUUGAUAUAGUUUAUAUUUUUUACGUGUACGUAUUUAUUGAAUGGUAAAUUUAUUGGGACGAACGUGAAAAUUAUUUAUAAGUAAAAGUUUUGAGAGCAAAACUUAUAAAAACUAAGCAAUAAUAGACAUCGGGGUCUAUGUACAUUGUAAUACGUAGGAAUGAAAUAUUAUAACGAAUGGUGCGAAAUUGUCGUCGGUCUUAUGGAGUGCUUGGCGUUUGGAUUCUUACGAAAUUGCCUAAAUUGUAUUCGGAUAUUGUUUUAAGUGAAGCGUUGGUAAAAUGCCCUAGAGUUCUUGCCAUUUUACUAGUUGCCAAUCAUGUUAACUGAUGCAUUGAGUGACAAGACAUAUCAGAGCAAUCGCAGUUGUAUCAAUAGUUUGUAACCGAAUCGAGCAGAAACAGGCAAGGUUGUACUAAAUGUAAUCGAAUACACUUCCUUAGAUUAUCUCGGGUCUUUUGUAAGAAACUAAUGUAUCAUUUAGGUCACUAGCAACCUGUGAUAUACCCAUUAACUCACGUGCGUGUGUGUCUGUCUCCAGUGUGUUCUAGUAUACCAUUGAAACCAAAUCGACCAGUAUUGACAAAAUGUUGUAACCAAAAAUACAAUUUGUUUGUAGAUGGGUAUUGCCAAUGUGGGUUUUAUACGAAACCGCUUUUGUGUUACGAUGGACUUUGUAACGAUAUUUUUAUUAUUGUCUUCUGCCAAAACAAAAGAGUAAUCGAAUGUGUCAUGUAAAUAGAACUACCAUUAUUUAUUAAUACAAUAAUUUAAAAAGA